GUACUUCCGCUCUCCGAUCUCAAGUCCCUCGCCACCCCGGACGGCCUUUAUUGGCUCGACGACAAUUUGCAAUGAGCACUGUGUUCUGUUGCUGUUUUCGUAGCGUACUUUAUUUCGAGGAGGAACAUUCGGAAAAUCCACAAAAAUGAAACGGGAAAGGUCCCUAAGGACACUGUUCCUGCUCCUGGUAUUCGUUAUACCACUGGGCUCCGGGCAAAACAGCAGCCUGAAGAUCAACACGAACCUGAAGGACAUCGAAGCCGGCGCCCUGGCCCUGCCCUCGAUCCAGGGGCCGGGCAACAUCUGCAUCCGCGAGGAGCCCUACCUGGAGGUGGUCCAGGUGCCGGAGAUGCAGCCGGUGCGCGUGCGCACCUCCAGUUGGUGCAUGGAGAUCCCGCCGAGGUGCGCCACCUACAAGACGGAAAUGCGCGAGGUGAUGAGGGUCCAGAAACUGAACAAGACGCGAACAGUGCGCUUUUGCUGCCAGGGCUACGAGGGAAACCUCUCCGACAGCCAAGCCACCUGUAAGCCCAUUUGUCGCGGCGGCUGUGGGCGUGGCAGUUGCGUAAUGCCCGACUCCUGCAGCUGCGAGGAGGGCUACGUGGGCAAACAUUGCACUCAACGCUGUGAUCACGAUCGCUGGGGCUUGGACUGCAAGAAUCCCUGCCAAUGCCAAAAUGGAGCAGCCUGUGACAACAAGUCUGGACUGUGUCACUGCCUGGCAGGUUGGACAGGGCAGUUUUGCGAACAGCCCUGUCCCCAGGGAACCCAUGGCAUUAUGUGCCGCAAGGCCUGCGAUUGCGACGAGAAGCCGUGCAAUCCACAAACGGGUGCCUGCAUCCCUCAGGACCAUCCGCUGGAGCUGAAUGUGAGCCACGUCAUCGUGGAGACCGUCAACUCCACGCUGGAGAAGAUGGGCAUUAUUCCACGCGCCAACACGCCCCCGACCACGCCGGAGGUCAUAGUGAUCAAGCAGCCCGCUGGCCAAGAGAAUGCCCAGCCGGCGCCGAAGAUCAUUGUCCACCAGUCGGGCAGUGAGCUGCUCGAGAAUCUCCAUUCGGCUGCAGCUGCCGGCGUUCCCACUCCGGAAAUCAUCCACGUCAUCACCAAUGGGAUCACCUCGCCACAGGAACAUCUGGCGGGAUUCGUUGGAGGGAACUCCAACAGCGGUCAGGCGGCGGCAGCGGACCAUCAGUCCGGGUUGGUCACCACACUCGUUAGCGUCAUGCUGCUCCUGCUGAUCGCCAUUGCGGCGGGCUCGCUCUACGUUUAUCGGAGGUAUCACCACAAGAACUCAGCCGUCUACAAUGCCAACGGGACGGUGACCACGUUGCCGGCGAACCCGGAGGUGGUUCUCACCGAGGCCGCGGCCCUGGGCAAAAACUUCCACGAGCCUCUGCCCGAACCGCCCGUGGUCUUUGCGGUCACGCCCCACUCGAACGAGGCACAACCAGAAUUAUAUGACACGCCCAGCAACAACUCUUCGAUCAAAACACCGCCCUACGCAUAUGCUAGGAAGGAGUCCCUGUACUCGGUGGUCUCGCCAAAGUCUCGCAAGGGCAGCUUGGACUCGCACCUGUACGACGAGAUCCGGUACCACCAGCAGCAGCAUCACCUCCAUCAGCACCACCCUCGGAGCCACCAAAACGUCCAGCACUCCACCACUGCCUCCGCCUUUUUGCCAGCCAGGCCAGCAAGUGACCAGUUCUCCAACGGCGGUCACCAUCCCCACCAGCGAUCGCACCAUGUCACCCACUUGAUAAUCCCGCCACAGAACUCCAACUUCCUGCAGGUUCCUGCCCAGAUCACUGCCAAAAGAAUUGCCCACCUGUGAGGUUGAGCAGAAAUCAAAGCCAACGGUUCAACAAUGCGCCUGUAGAUAAUACAAAAUUCCGAAGAAAUCAUUUUCUUAAGUUGAAUUCCUUUUCUUUGAAUUACUAUUCUUUUCAAAUAACUCAAAAAAUGUUUCUCUUAAGUUUUAAUUUUAGAAAAUGUACUCUGCUCUACCUACUUAUUCUUAUAUUUUUUGACAGUAAAACAAUUUGUGUACAUAUAAGGAGAUGUUACGUGUCUUAUGUUGUAGUUUUACUAGAUAAGAUUUUAUGCAAGUUACCGUUCAUAUAAAAAUAUUAUAAAGUGAACACAAAAUAUUUUAAGAAUCCAUACUAGGCACUGUUUGAGGAACGAUAAAUAUAUUUAUUACGUAUUUAAAGAGAAAAUGCGGCAAUACCCGGACCGAGCAUUUUAUUUUAAUCAGUUGUCAGAGGUAAAGAUACCAGCUUUCAUCUAUAGAAUAUUAAUACAUAGGUGUUGAAAAUGCAACUACACUACCACAAAUAUUUAGACUACACAUUAGGAUAAGAAAUGGAGAUAAAUAUUCCUCCAGUAAGGAGAACUAAAUUAAUUUUAUUAAUCUUUAAGUGCCCUUUUCAAUGAAAUGUCAAUGUCAAUAAAUGAGCUACAUUUAUAAAUAAAUAAUUUUAAAACGC